AUGCAUUUACUACAGAGUUCAGUCACCAGCAAAAGAACCUCUUCUUGUUCUCUCUCUCUCUCUCUCUCUCUCUCUCUCUCUCUCUCUCUCUUUAUUGACUUACGGCCACUGAAGGUUAACACUGGACCGCCUCCAUGUCGACGGACAAGAAAGACAUCACCCGCUCACCAGCUCCUCUUCGGUGCCACUCACGCCUUCCCCCCCCCAAACUUCCGACCUUCAUAUUUAGCGCACGUGAGACAACCAGAUAAAUCUAAUCUCACUACUCUCAAUCUCUCUAUCUCUUUCUAUCCCCUCUCUUAUACUCACUCUCUCUAUUUCGUUAAAUCUCUCUUUGUUUUUUCUCUCUCUUUCUCUCUCUCUCGCAGUGUCACACUGCUUCUCAUAUUCUCGGAGUCUCUCUCUUCUUUAUUUUCAUCUCUUACUUUUCUAUCUCACUAUCGUAUUCUUUCUUUCUUUCUUUCUUUCUUUCUUUCUUUCUUUCUUUCUUUCUUUCUUUCUAUAUCCCCCUCUCGCUUUUCCUAUUUAAUCCGCUAUUUCCUUUUCUCUCUUUCUCGCUUUCUUUUGGAUUAG